AUGAGUCGACCACAACACGCGUUACUCCAAGUCCCAUCUCACAGUCAUUACUAUACUGCGGAAAUCAGUUUCAAUCGGAGAUAUCAGUCAUCAUUAGUGCCAUGUCCGACGACUGUACUCAAGUCACAAUAUUCCAAGGAGUUCAAGUCUUCAGUUGUGCUUCUGCAUCUCGGUCUGUUUUACGAGCCAACUGCUACUACCGUUUUCUCAACUAAGACUGCGAUCCCUGUGCAAGCUACCGGUGCUCAGCGCCGCGAACUAUUGACGCUUGGUGAUAAGGGUUUCGCAGUAUCAGGGCUCGUCUCAUCAUUGAACUUGGGAGCUAUUGAGCCAUCUCCUGCGCCAAUUCCAGACAUUACUCUAUUCAAACCACAUGCUGUAGUUUUUCCCGGGUUAGUUGCUACUGAAACCGAUGGUCAGCCCAUUCAAGCAAUAGUCCGCCGUGGUACCGAAGAAGAAUCUGCUGUUGAUAUACCCACCUUUACUACUCUGUCAUCAGGUAAACCCCCUGUUUCCACCCAGAACUCCCCAGCAACGAUCACAGCGCGCCAGAAUAUUACGGCGCUUACCCUGAUUGGUUGUGGUACUGCACCAGGUGGUUUGAUCACAUGCGCUCGAACUACAUUCAACAAUUGCGUUAGUUUAGCAGGUGGUCAGACAUGCAAUGGGCGGAUUCCUUCGCCUACUUCCACUACCAAUGAAGUUCAAUCGUUCCUCUGGGUUGCUCCAACCACAUUGCAAAGAGGAGGAGAUACCAUAACUACAAAACUGAUCUCAGGGUUGUUUCGCACAACUCUUCAAGCUCGCGCAUCUCUUGCACCGAGAUCCCUAGUGCCCUUCACGGAGACUUUAAGGAUGAUGAUAGGUAGAUUUUAG